GCAAGAUAGCUUCAUUUGAGUAUACCAUCACGGAAGUAGCCACUAAAGUAAACAUUUCCAGGCCGACAGCUAUAAUGUUGCAACUGCAAUUUACCAAAGAUACUUUACCAGAUUCUGUGAGCAAUGACUUUCAGAACUUGAACAAAUUCAACGAACAGCAAUUCACAAGUCUGACUGAGAUUCUUUUCAAUUUCCUGUUGGAGCCAAAAGAGGCGGACAGGUUCCUGCAUCAGCUGAGUGAGUUUGCAGGAGAGAAUGGGAUGAGUGCAGGCCCACUGAGGAACCUCAUGAAGAGCCUCCUGCUGCUUCCCCAUGGUUCCCUGAAGAAAAAUCUAACAGAAGACCAAGUCAAAGAGGACCUUCUCACUUUAGGAGUCAGUGAAGACAAGGCAGACCAUUUUUCACAACAGUGGAGCCUCCACUACCCUGUGUUGUCCAGGCUGGCUGUUGGACAGACACUGAUGGUCAACCAGCUGGUGGACAUGGAGUGGAAGUUUGGUGUGACCGUGGGGACGAGUGAACUUCAGAAAGUUGGAAACACCUUUCUACAGCUUAAGUUGGUCAUCAGAAAGGGGAACUCAACUGAAAAUGUCUACAUGGAGUUGACCCUCCCCCAGUUUUACAACUUUCUCCAUGAAAUGGAGAGGGCCAAAGCCAGUAUGGACUGUUUCAGCUGAGCCUGAUCGCCAGUAGCAAGAGCAUGUACUGAAUAUGUGUCCUAGAGGGGCAGCAGAAAACAAAAGAGGAGAUGGAAGUGAUUGACACUGGAUGGAUCCCAAUUGGCACUCUAUUCCCUUUAUAGUGAACAGGGGCAAUUUGGGGCAUGCAUGCAGUUCAAAAUAGAACAUACUGAAUCUGAAUGAACCUUCCAGGUUCUCACAUACCAACAUUUCAAUAUGUCUUUUGUGUUAUUUUGACAUUUGUCUUUUGAAAUGUGCACAAUUGUUUUGCAGUAGUGAUUUUGUGUGCAUUAGUAACUGUCUGUUUGUUUUGCGAGAAAGUAUUAUAUUGUAACCCAAUGACUUUAAUUCCAUUGGCUGUCACGACAAGUGAUGUGAGGCAUACGUGUCACAAUUUUUUGCAAUCUCUCAUUUAUAUUACUGAUUUGCUUAACUUUAUUUUUAACAAAAUCAAAUGGAAAAUGAUUCACACUUGCACUUACUUUUUUCUCUCCAAAUAAAGUAUUCAGAUGUCA